GGGCGCCGACUACGAGACGGCAGCGGGCAGGGUUUUAAGUUUGCCGCCGUGUCUGUUGUCACUGUGGUCCCUUGAAUUACUAACUCGCUGAUACGUUUUCUCAAUAAACGACUAUGAGGCGAACAAGAGGGUCGAGAAAUAAAAGUCGGAGUUCAGCAGAAAAUGAAGAAGUCCGGUCAAAAACAGAAAGUCUGAAUGAAGCAGGGGACUCGGCUGCUCACAGUGGGAGGCCAGCUCGAGUUAAAGAGGAAGAGGAGGAGGAGGAGGAGGAGGAGGAGAAACCUGCAGCUAAGAGGAGGAGAGGGCAAAGCAAGAGUCAGACAAAAGCUGAAGAAAUGCCCAAAGAAGCAAUGAAAAGUGAAGAGGUUGUGAGGACAGUUGUCAUGAAGGGCAAAGCUCCAGUGGACCCUGAAUGCAAAGCCAAACUCGGAAAGGCUCAUGUUUACAGUGAAGGAAAUGAUGUUUACGACGUGAUGUUAAACCAGACAAAUCUUCAGUUUAACAACAACAAAUACUACCUGAUCCAGCUGCUAAAAGACGACAGCUCCAAGGUUUACAGUGUGUGGAUGAGAUGGGGCAGAGUGGGUAAAGUGGGUCAAAACAGCCUUACAGCCUGUGGUGGAGAUCUGCUGAAAGCCAAAAAUAUCUUCAAGAAAAAAUUCUUGGACAAGACCAAGAAUGAGUGGGAACAGCGGGCAAGUUUUGAGAAGGUGCCUGGAAAAUAUGACAUAGUGUUCAUGGAUUACAGGGCAAAUGAAAAGGAGGAGAACCAGACCACAGUGGGCACUGUACCCAAAAAGAGGACCUCCAGGCUGGAUGCGAAGAUCCAGUCUCUCCUAGAGUUCAUCUGUGACCUUAAAGCCAUGGAGGAGUAUGUGCUGGAGAUGAAGUUUGACACCCGGAAAGCUCCUCUCGGCAAACUGACGUCAGAGCAGAUCCGUGGAGGCUACACUGCACUGAAGAGAAUCGAGGCGUGUUUGAAGAAGAAGGGCAGCAACCGAGAGCUGCUGGAGGCAUGCAACCAGUUCUACACCCGCAUCCCUCAUGACUUUGGGUUGAAAACUCCCCCAAUCAUCCGCAAUGAGGAUGAGCUGAAGGAAAAAAUUGCACUGCUGGAGGCACUGAGUGACAUCCAGAUAGCGGUGAAAAUGGUCCAGUCCAGUGAAGACAGUGACGAACAUCCUCUGGACAGACAGUACCGCUCUCUCCAGUGCAAACUGCAGCCUCUGGACUCCAGCAGCCAUGAGUACAAGUUGAUAGAAAAGUAUCUGCAGUCCACUCACGCCCCCACCCAUUGUGACUACACCAUGACCAUCAUGGACAUCUUCGCGGUGGACAGAGACGGGGAGAGCAACAACUUCAUCUCACAGUUACACAACAGGACUCUGCUGUGGCAUGGUUCCCGCCUGUCUAACUGGGUCAGCAUCCUCAGUCGGGGGCUCAGAGUGGCCCCACCUGAAGCUCCCGUCACUGGCUACAUGUUUGGUAAGGGCAUCUACUUUGCUGACAUGUCGUCAAAGAGUGCUAACUACUGCUUUGCCAGUCAACAUAAUCAUGUUGGACUGCUGCUACUGUGUGAGGUCGCUCUGGGAGACUGUAACGAGCUGCUGGACGCCGACUACGAGGCCAGCAAUCUGCCUGCCGGAAAACACAGCACCAAGGGCCUGGGACAGACCGGACCUGACCCCAGGAACUCCGUCACACUGGAUGGCGUCACAGUGCCAAUGGGGCCUGGGGUGGAGACUGGGUUGGGUAAAAACAGCGGUUACUCCCUUCUCUACAACGAGUUUAUCGUUUACAACCCUGCCCAGACUCGCAUGAGGUACCUGCUGCGGAUCCGGUUCAACUACUCUUCACUGUGGUGAGGCUGCACAAAAACUGCAGCUUAAAAGGAAUUGCUUCCCGGCGAAGCAGGGACGAUACGUCACUUACUCAUUCUUCGUGUACAGCUAGAUACCGUAUAUAUAAAAAAGUGAGGAUGGAUGUAUGUGAUAUCAAGAAAAUAUGCAGAACAUUUAGCAAUAUUUCUUUCUAUGUUGCCUUAUAUUGCGAACAUCCUCAUAUCAAUAUAAGAUGCAUUGCGUGUUGCAUUUGGCAACAUCUAUUGCAUUUUUGUUUUCUGCUUUGUUGCUGUGUGUUACAUAAAGAAAAUGAUUUGGAAUUUCUUGAGGCAGAUUUGACAUGAGCGUUAAUGCUGAGUGGUUGCCACGGUUUUUAUGAAGGUGUCUCAUUAAUGUCAAAAAACUAGAAGUGGAAUGUUUUUGAUUGUUUCAAUAACAGCUGGGUCAAAUGGGUUAACAUGCAACCCAAAACAACAAAUUCAGUACAUAAAUGUCUUAUUAUUUAUUUAUUAAUUGACUGAACUUUUAUUUUUAUUUAUGUAAAACUGAGACAAAGUCAAGAGUAUGUGUAAACACUGAUAAACAUUCAUUGACUUUUUUUGUCACUUAAAACAGGAUGCAGUUAUAUACAUAAUAAUAAUAAUAAUAAUAAUA